CACUGGAAGUUUUUAAGAAGAGACUGGACAGCCAUUUGUCUGAAAUGGUAUAGGGUCUCCUGCCUGAGUAGGGGGUUGGACUAGAUGACCUCCAAGGUCCCUUCCAACUUUAAUAUUAUUAUUGAGUGAGUGGUCACAGUUCCUCUGAAAUCAUAAUAGAGAUUAGAAGAAAAACCUUGACAUCUAGAAUAAGACCUUGCUUUUAUCCAGAAGAGACUUUCUAUUAAUCUUCAAAGAAGCAGGAGUAUCUGAAGCCAUAGAAGGAAGAAGGAAGAAAAAAAGACCGAAGCACAAUGAACAUGAUGUCCCUCUCUCCAGCCCAAAUCAACUUUUCCAGCUGUGAAAACAAAACCAGUUCUCCUGAAAAAAUGGAAGAAGUGCUUAUUUUUGCAAUAUUCACUGUGCUUUUUUGUCUGUUGGGAAUGUUGGGGAACGGCCUUGUGAUCUGGCUGCUGGGCUUCUCCGUUAAGAGGAAUACUUUUGCCAUUUAUUUUCUCAACCUCUCGGUUGCAGACUUUGGCUUGCUCACCACUGAGCUGAUUAUCGAAAUCCACUGGUUUUUUACACACUUGUAUUGUGACUUUCCCUAUGAACUCUUCCAAACAGUCCUGCUGUUAAUGUACAGUGCUGGGCAAUUUCUCCUGACGGUCAUCAGCAUCGACAGGUGUAUUUCGGUCCUUUUCCCAAUUUGGUACCGAUGCCACCGGCCGGUGUAUCUGUUCACUACUGUGUGUGCUGUUAUCUGGGCCACUUCCUUCAUCCUCUCUUCAAUUUACUUCACAAUUGCAGCUAUUCAUAGAUAUGAACCAAAGUAUACCGUGAAGUAUCACUUCAUUGUUAAUGCUGUGCUUUGUCUCCCACUGAUGACAAUCUCCAGUGUCAUCUUGUUUAUCAAAAUCUGCUUCAUAUCCAAAAGCCAAAAGAGGAGGAAGCUUUUGACAGUUGUCUUGCUCACUCUUUUCUUCUUCUUAGUCUUGGCUUUUCCGCUAAAUGCCUUUUAUUUUAUCCUGUAUUUUUCAAAUUAUAUAAAUCCCAACCUUGUACAUUAUGGCUACUUGUGUACCUGCAUCAACAGCAGCAUUAAUCCUCUGAUCUAUUACCUGGUGGGGAGACAGAAGGGUAAAACUCAGAGAAGCAUCAAAGACUUGCUUCAGAAAGUUUUCAAGGAGGAAGAAAAUUGUUCUGAUCAAAUGGAAACUUCAGAAGGUUCCAAAAUCUGAACUCUUUAAUUUCACCAUUGUCAUGCAAAAGAUACAUUCAUUUCUUUUCAAGCAUGACCAUAAUUUCCCUUUUUUAUUAUUUAAAAGAAACUGAUCUCUACACUGAUUAACUUGUGCUUGAAUCCAUAAUUUGUGCAGACAAUAACCUUUGUGGAAUAUCAAAACAUUUUUCAAAUAACCUAUUUACCUAGUAUCUCCCACUUGAAGAUUAAUUAGCUUGCUUUAGUUCAUCUUUCCCUGACCGGAGUGGCCUCCAAUUCUGUGUGUUUGAACUUCAGUGUCUAGCCAAUAGAACCAUUGUUGAGAAUUUUCAAAGCUGACAUUCACAUCUUUGGAAGUCAUUCAUCAUUGAAUGACUAAGCCAUGGAUUGACACAUGUAACCUUCAAAAUGUCCCAGGUUCUAACAGGUACAUAACCAGUGGUGAAGGACAAUGGAACUGUAACUCAACAUUAUCUGGAUAUAUCUGUAUCUUCGUGAGACCAGGAUGCAUCAAAUCAACUGGAUGAAAAGGAGGACAACUAAUACAACAAGAAAAGAUCUUAUGAAAUCACAUUUAAAUGAAAAAAGUACAAUUCCAGAAGAAAAGAAUCAGAGAAAGACUGAAAAGAUUUCAAGUGGUUAUAUAUAUAAACCAAUUUAUCUUCCUACAUAUGUAUGUGUGUGUGUGUGUGU